AUGAGCGCGCGCCGAACCUCCUCGACUCCGCCCACAAGUUUCACCUCUAUCCGCGAAACCGCUGUACAGGAGCUUACUCGACGCAUUUGUAAAGCUAUUGACGACACAACAGCUGGGUUUGAUAACGAGCCCGAUGCGAAGAACGCACAUUGUUUCCUACCAAGAACCGAUUUGGCGAAUAUACUUGAUCGAUAUGCUCUGCAUCAGUUAAUUAAAGAGCUGAUUAGUGCACGGGCGAGUUCUGGUCCUACUUCUACGGAUGAAGAAAGCGACGGCAACGGCGAUCCGCCUACAAACCCGGACAGAAUUGUUCAUGACUACGUACAAAGAACGAUCAGCCAUCCUCCCAGACUAGCUUUGCUUGCGCUGUUUCUAUACGAUGGACGCCCAUCUCUACACGCGCUUUUCUUGAAAUGGCUCGAGCUGCCAGAUUUUCCAUCCAACCUUGAUCUGCCUUUGGAUGAUGACACCUUGAGAGCGAACGAAUUUCCUGAUGAUUGUUUUCGAUCUAUUCGCAAUAACCAAAACAUAUUCAGGCCUGUCUUGAUUCGGGAGAAUCUACAUCAGGACUUCAGAGACUGGGAUCGAUUGCCCUACAUUGGCAAGCCGGAGCCGAUCAAAGAUGGUUCUUCUGGCUCUGUGUAUAGUGUAAAAAUAGCAAAGGGACAUUGGGAGAUCAAUCGUGAUGGUCAGUACAUACCCGGAAACCCGCACGAGCCGUAUCCCGUGGCAAUCAAAGUGUUUAGGGAAGUCCCUGGGGGGCGCAGUAGAGAAGAGGCUACCGAGGAUUUCCGAGUUGAGCGUAAAAUUCUGGAUCAGAUCCGCGUUUCGAAAAUCAAGCACGAGAUGGUUAUGCUGGAUUUAGGAAGCAUCACUAUACUUGACGGAGCGAACCAAAAGGUCAGCCACUCACUUAUGUUCAAACUUGCAACGUUUAGUCUCGCAGAGUUUCUCAAAGACGAACGUCGACAUGCAAAAUAUAGCACAAGGAGCGUUUUGUUCUCAAAGCUAGUUGACAUUUCGGAGGCACUGGGAUACCUACAUCAUCAUCUCAAGAUUCUCCAUCUUGAUAUCAAGCCCGAUAACAUUCUAGUGUUCGAGAAAGGAACAAGCCGCCAAGACAACGAAGACGGAGCUGGAGACGAGUUAGUGUGGAAGCUCAGUGAUUUUGGGCUUGCGCGCAACAAGACCGACAAGGCGAGAACGGGCCUACGCGGGCGCGAUUCAAACAGUCACGAGUCCAGAUCAUCAGAUGUUUCGGCAGUGAGGCAUGCGGGCCUUUACCAAGCGCCUGAAGUUCAAGAACGAGAAAAUAGUGGAGUAGGACGGCGAAGUGAUGUCUGGUCUAUGGGAUGUGUCACGCUGAUGGUGUUGGCUUUUGUGACCGGCGGAGUCACUGAAGUGGAAAACCUCUGGAACAGACUAACGGUCGAUUUUCAACAGCAGGGUGGAAGACAACGCUUGUUCUACUACAGAAGUGACUCGUAUCUGUGGGAAGAAGGAAGGGCCUUCAGAUACAAAUAUAUGCUAGACUUCAACCCCGACAUCGGAGACAUUCCCGGCACGAGUGGACCACUACAAGCUGCUGUUAAUCCGCUCGUCAUCUCAUGGUCAAACAUGUUGUACGAUUCCUAUGCCCACUCUGCAGAGAAAACUCUCGUACGGGACAUACUCGGAGUGAUCUUCCGUCGCGUCCUUCUCAUUGAUCGCUUCCGAAGGAUUCAGGCAAUUCCCCUAGCCGGUGAAAUGGCCGACUUCCAUGAUAGAUGGAGACUACUCGAGCAAGAUAUGGAACACUCGGACGAAACUAGAAAUGCUUCAUAUCCGACGGACGCCGGCAACCUCGACGUGGUGUUGAGAGGGGCCCCAGAACUUCAUGAGGAAGAGGAAGAGGAGCAGGAAGAAGAGAUUGUUGAUUCAUUGGAUCAGCCUACUGGGCCACUUCUAGAGACACCGAUUAUACAUUCAAAUCUCUGUCGCGCGAUCGUAAGCGAUGACGACAGUGCUGUACUCAACGAAUUGGACGGAGAUAACGGCAUACGACUGUUGAAGAACAAAUGUGAGUCCUGCGGCAUAUAUCCUAUCCAUAAGGCUCUCCGCAACGGGGCUUAUAAGUCCCUAAAGAUAUUGGUCAGGAAGUCUGACCGAGCUGUCGCCGAACUUGCCUGCCUAGAAAGCGGCGAUCAAACUGCAGUCGAGCUAGCAAGCCAAGGUUCCGGUGAUAGUAAGGCACUCGAAAUAUUUCUGAACCAUCACGCCAUCUUCAGUGUGACAAAAGAGUUUUUCGACGAGCGCAAACGAUAUCUAAACGAUCAGUCAAGGGCGUCUCUGAAGGAAAUGUGGAAGAGGUCGCAAACACAGUCUGGAAGACGUGGUGUCUUUGGGAGACGGAGAUAG